AAUUCAUCCCCGCCAUACCCCAUCAAUUGACAAAUCUACACACAUAAACAUGCCACCUAGGAAGAAACCCAAGCUCACAGCGCAAGCCGAGCCCACGCCAUCGUCAACGAAUACCCCCUCCGGCGACACCCCAGCGCAGCCGAACACAGACUACGACGCUGUAACGGACCCGUGGACCGACGAGCAGGAGACUGCGCUGCUGAAGGGGAUCAUAAAAUGGAAGCCAGUUGGGAUACACAAGCACUUUCGCAUGGUCGCUAUCGCGGAGUAUAUGAAGAGCCAGGGAUAUGCGCCGUCGCAUGCGGAGCAUACGCGCAUACCUGGGAUUUGGAAGAAGCUGGGGACCUUGUAUAACCUUCCUGCGCUUAAUGAACGGGAAGAUUCGCUGAUUAUGGAUGUCGCGGAUGAUGGGGAUGGGUCGCGGGAACUCUAUUGUCCGUUCGAGCUUCCUGAGGAUGAAUACGGCGAGAUGAUGUUUGAAAGAAGGCUGGCGAUGGAGGGUUCGGCAUCGCCCGAGCAGAGUGUCCAAGGGGACUCGAGAAGACCCAGUACGGUGGCUGAUACAGAUGAACCACGGUCGUCGCCCGCGCCGUCGUCGAGAGGAAGGAAACCCGGUCGGGGCGGUCGCCAAGCAGCCCGGGGCACACGUUCCUCACGACUCCACGUCGAAGUCGAACGACAUAGGAAGAGCUCCGGGACAGGAGAAGAGGAUGACGACUCGGAAGGAAACGACGAGGAAGACGAGGACAAUACAGACGGUGGAAAAUACGAGAGCGAGGGCGAUGAAGACGGUGAUGGGGAUACAGGGGGAUCUCCAACGACGCGAAGCACACGCGCUCAAACAUCUCGAACUAAGCAGAAGAGAGGAGGUGCGACGGGGACUAGGCGAGGUGGACGGCGGCGCUGAUUCGGGAUGCCUCUUUCUUGUGUUGUAUUGCAUUGAUACCUUCAGUCUCCGGCGCUGGCGUUUUUGGCUGUUGCUUGACUCUGCGUGGUUGAUCCCUGUCUUUAUUUCUGUCGUUGUGUCCAUGUGCUCUACGGUUGGGUUAUGUUUGAUUGGCAGUCUCAACGCCUAUCAAUGAUGUAAAACAAGCAUCCACUUG